GCUGAUUCGCCAAUCAGUCAAGUUACUUUCUCGUGCUUUCUUGCAGAAGGGGCAGCAGUUCCACCACACAUUUGAAAUUGGACUAUUUUCUGUUCAACAACUACAAGUGUGAAAAUGCCGGUGGACAUUGGACAGUGGACUGGUGAUCUGGCUCUCACAGAGGUCGACGAGAAGCCAGCAGAAGUUCUGCACGUGAAGUAUGGGUCUCUGGAGUUAGAUGAAUUGGGGAAAGUCCUUACGCCUACCCAGGUCCAGAACAGACCCACCUCCAUUGAAUGGAAUGGUUGUGAUGCGGGUAAACUGUACACACUGGCCAUGACCGACCCAGAUGCUCCUAGCAGAAAAGACCCCAAGUUCAGGGAGUGGCAUCAUUUUCUUGUGGUCAACAUGAAAGGGAACGAUAUCGGGAGUGGGUGUGUCAUGUCUGACUACGUUGGAUCUGGUCCCCCGCAAGGAACCGGUCUCCAUCGCUACGUGUGGCUGGUGUACGAGCAGUCCGGCGAGAUCAAGUGCUCAGAACCCGUCCUGACCAACCGCUGCGGAGACAACCGCGGCAAAUUCAAGAUCCAGGAUUUCCGCAAGAAGUACGGCCUGGGGAACCCGCUGGCCGGCUCCUGCUACCAGGCAGAGUGGGACGACUACGUCCCUAAGCUCUACGAGCAGCUGGCUGGAAAAUAAAAUGCAAUGACAAUCUGGAGAAAGCAUGAAUUAAGAGAAGACACCGGAGCAGCACAGAUGAGAUGCUUUUCUUUUUUAAGCAAGUACACAACAUAUUCAGAGUUCAUGGACUCUGAUGAAGAUGGUUUCCCAUUGAAACGUUAUAGUCCCUUAUAUGUUGUGCACUUGAUUAAAACAGAAAAGUAUCUCAUCUGUGCUGCUCCGGUCUCUUCUCUUAGUUCAAAGUUACCUGUCUCUCUCCCGUCAACGCAUCAGAUGAAAACAGAAGUGCGUGGAACCCCUUUUUUCUCUCUUAAAUCUGGAGAAAGCACUUGUAACGCAUAGCACAGGGAAGAGACUAUCCCAUGACCUUAAAAGUAUUCUGCCUUUUUCUCUUCUGGGCGUGCCAUUACGCCAUCACUGUCAAACAUUAGAUGAGUUCAUCAUUAGCUUCCUUCGUUUCCUCCUUACAGUAUCACAACAUGGCAAAACCUUUUGUUAACUAACAUGUCUUUACUCUUCACUCCGGUAGUUGUAACUGUUCUUAAAGAACAAAUUGACUUUUCCGCCGUGUAUGGAACUGCUUGCACUAUAAAGGGAUGUAUUAAAGUAUCGAUACAACCAAGCUUUGAAACUGUUGUUGUGUGGUGAGCACUUUAUUUACAAAUAUAAUUAAAAGCUCUGACAGAUUCAUGCUUUUUUGUUAACCUGAAAACAAAUUUAAAGUGCAUGCAAUAAAAGCUUUUUUUCUCAA